AUGCCUGUGGAGCAACGAUCAAGGCCAAAGAAGACGCUUGGAGAGCGUAUUGCCGAGCUAGCCAAUCCACGACCCUAUGAUUUUGAUCCGGAAAAUACUGGCAAUGAUGCCCUUGCUGAGGCUGAGGACUCGGGACGCCUUUCUGACAUGAACAAUGAAAGUGAAGACGAUGCUGCUCGCAAUCACUACGCUUCUGUGACUCGUAGCUCAUUAAGGGAUCAACUAGAUUUAGAUAUGGAUGAUCCCAAGUACCUUGGAAAGCGAGUGACAAGAAAGGCUUUGGAGCAAGAAGAGAGCAAUGAAGACAGCAACGAUAGUUCUGAUAAAAGUGAAUUGGGCGAGACUGAAAUAAGUAGCGAUGAUGAGCAAUCUGCUGAAUCACAAACUGAUGGGUUUGAAGAUGAAAGUGACCGAAAUAGUAGUAGCGAUGCUGAUGAUCAAGACAGUGGAGAGACAAUGAUGGCGACACUUGCUCGCUUACAAAAGGACCAAGGCAAGAUGAUGAAGGCCAUGACAGAAUCUGCUCAAGCAGAUGUUGAAAAAGGCAAGCAUGUUCGUGCACAACUGGGAUUAUGGGAUAGUCUAUUGGACAUUCGUAUUCGUAUCCAAAAAGCAGUGGAUCUCGCGAAUCAAAUGCCACAAGCCAGCAUGUAUGAACAAUUUCUAGAGUCUGCAACACAAGAAAUAUCUGCAGCAGAGUGCAGACAGCAAGUUAAAGAAACAUCUGCACAAUUAACAACGUUGCUUGACGAUCUAACCACGCUACGUUUAGAAUUAGUGGAUAGAAAUCCUGCUAUAACCAUUGAUGGCAUCAAAGAUAUAUCCCAUAAGCGUAGCUACCUUUCUCUAGAGUCUUCUGAUCAAGACUCAAUCCAACACAUAUGGGACGAUGUACUUGCUCCCUUUGACAAUGGGUUUCUCACUUUCAGAGAUGAAACCAUCAACAAGUGGAACAACAAGGUGCAGGCCGCAAGUGGUAUUCAUUUGCACAAGAAGUUCAAGGCACUUGAUCAGAGCGUCGUGUCGCAAAUUCAACAAAUAUCACAUGAUCGUGAUCGAUUAGUGAAACGCACUCACUUGAUUCGUACACCACUGACUAUUCUUGGCAAAAAAGAAAAUCCAGAUGCAGAGGAUCUUUCUCUUCAUACCAGUUCAGAAGUAGAACUGCGGGACAAGCAUUUGAGCAACUAUGAUCCCGAGAUUUUUGACGAUGGUGACUACUAUCAACAACUUCUCAAGGAGCUUAUCGAGUCUCGUAUGUCUGACGCCAACGAUCCAGCCAUGCUCGGUGCCAAGUUUGCCCAGCUAAAACAGAUGCAGAACAAGCGAGGAAAAAAAGCAAUUGAUACCAAAGCAUCCAAAGGUCGUAAAGUGAGAUACCAUGUUCAUGAGAAAAUUCAAAAUUUUAUGGCCUCUGAACCUCGAGGUACCUGGCACGAUGAAAUGGCUUCUGAAUUGUUUUCGAGUCUGUUUGGUCGCAAGAUCAAAGAUGCAAAUUAUGAUGCAACUGAUGAUCAAGUGGAAGAGCAAAGUCAUGAAGUAUCGGCCAUUACUGCUACUGAUGGAUUCAAGAUUCUGGGCUAGUAGAAUUGUAUUCAAAAUUAUAAAGUCAAUAUAGCUUAAUUUAGAUGCAGUGGUUUUGAUUUAAUG